CUCUGACUAAAAAUGGCUUCUGGGUCAGAGGAGGAUUUCUGCUGUCCUGCCUGCCAUGACAUCUUUAAAGAUCCUGUCCUCCUGUCGUGUAGCCACAGCUUCUGUAGAGCCUGUCUGCAGAUCUGGUGGACGGGGAAACCAUUCCAAGAGUGUCCAGUUUGCCGGACAGUAUCUCUGUGCAGGGAUCCGCCUCGUAACUUGGCAUUAAGGAACCUGUGUGAGACCUUUUCCCUAAAAAGAGCCCCAGCAGUGUCCGUGACACUCUGCCCUCUGCACUCGGAGAAGUUCAAACUCUUCUGUCUGGACCAUCAGCAGCCAGCGUGUGUCAUCUGUCGAGAUGCUAAAAUCCAUACUGACCACAAGUUCAGACCCAUCGAGGAAGCAGCACAGGACCACAGAGAGGAGCUCCAGGAGGCCCUGAAACCCUUACAGGACAAGUUAAAGGGUUUCAACAAAGUUAAAAUGAACUUCAAUCGAACUGCACAACACAUCAAGGUCCAGUAUCGAUGCACGGAGAGGCAGAUUCAGGAACAGUUUAAGAAGCUUCACCAGUUUCUAGGAGAGGAAGAGGAGGCCAGGAUGGCUGCACUGAGGGAGGAAGAGGAGCAGAAGAGUCAGAUGAUGAAGGAGAAGAUGGAGGCUCUGAGCAGAGAGAUAGCAGCUCUUUCACACACAGUCAGAGCCACAGAGGAUGAGCUGAGAGCUGAAGACCUCUCAUUCCUGAACAAGUACAAGGCUGCAGUGGAAAGAGUCCAGCAGCGCCCCCUGCUGGAGGAUCCACAGCUGCUCUCAGGAGCUCUGAUAGACCAGGCCAAACACCUGGGCAACCUGGCCUUCAACAUCUGGAACAAGAUGAAGGACAUGGUCUCCUACACUCCUGUGAUUCUGGAUCCAAACACUGCUCAUCCAGAGCUCACCCUCUCUGGAGAUUUGACCAGCAUGAGACACGAAAAGAUCCAGCAGCUUCCCGAAAACCCAGAGAGGUUUGCGUACUGGGAUUCUGUCCUGGGCUCAGGAUUUAACUCAGGGACUCACAGCUGGGAUGUUGAGGUCGGAGACAACAAAGACUGGGAGCUCGGGGUGUUAGCGGAGUCUGUUUGUAGGACAGGAUUUGUGGGGUCUACAGUGUGGAGUGUAGACUUCAGUGAUGUUGGCUACAGAGCCUUCUCCCCAACAAAUAAAUACACCGAUCUCCAAGUCAGAGAGAAGCUCCAGAGGAUCAGAGUUCAUCUGGUCUGGGACAAAGGAAAGCUGUCAUUUUCUGAUCCUGACACUAACACACAUAUUCACACCUUCACACACACUUUCACUGAGAAACUGUGUCCAUACCUUUGCACCAGGAACGCACUCCCUCUGAAAAUAAUGCCUGUGAAGGUCUCUGUAAUAGUGCAAAGUUAGAGAGGUCAAG